CGCGGUGACGUCAAUGUGAACGUGCUGACGUCGGUCUGAGUGUGCUGGCCUGCUGACGUGACGGUGCGCGCUUGCGUCAUGACGUGCGCGUCGACGAGUGGGUGCUGAGGCUGCCCUCGGUUGAUGGAGGCCGCGAAUAACUGAACAAUAAAGGGAAUAAAGGUGGUUUGCUUGCUUCCCGAGUAUGGCUCAGUAUGGAGGUCAGAAGAAUCCCCCAUGGACCACCCAGUUCUCUGCUGCAGUUACACAGCCAGGUGGCCUCAGUGUUCAGCCCUCACUGCUGGGGGCUUCGCCGGCAAUGUACUCGCAACAGACGGCCUUGGCAGCAGCAGGCCUGAGCUCCCAGGCGGCUUCGGGCUAUCAGCUCUCCCAGUCAGCGGCCCUUCAACAGCAGGCAGCGGCUGCAGCCGUGGCAAUGCAGCAGCAAUAUCAGCAGCCCCAACAAACCAUCUACAGUGUCCAGCAGCAGCCUCUCUGGAGAACGUGGAUAGGCAAUGCUUCGGCUCGGGACCAUUCUUCUGAAUCUGCUGAGAUGCAGCAGCCACAGCAACCCUUGCUUUCACAGCCCUCAGUGGCUAUGCCAAUGAACCUCAAUGCUCCGCAGACGACGGCACAGAUCACCGUCUCUUACCCAACGCCGCGCUCCGCCCAGAAACAAAACCAGCCCCAGAAGCAGCGCGUCUUCACCGGGGUUGUAACCAAACUUCAUGAUACGUUUGGAUUUGUGGAUGAGGAUGUGUUUUUUCAGCUGAGCGCUGUGAAAGGCAAAGCCCCCCAAGUAGGAGAUAGGGUCCUGGUGGAAGCUGCUUACAAUCCAAACAUGCCUUUCAAGUGGAACGCACAACGGAUACAGACACUGCCCAAUCAAAGUCAGACCCAGCCAUUGAUCAAGACGCCGCCGUCGGUUAUGCAGCCAUACGGUGUCCCCCCACAAGUACAGGCCCAGUCUCACAUGCAGGCAUCCAUGGCAGCUGCUCCGCUCACUCCUUUGCUGGGAUCACAGCCCCAGCCUCUGCUCCAGCAACCACAACAGAAACCUGGGUUGCUGCAACCUCCGGUGCGAGUAAUGCCACAGCCGCAGGCCAUGAGGAGGAUUGAGCCACCGUCUCGUUUCAUCGCCCGGCACGAGAGAUUGGAAAUAUCACUAACCAGGAAAGAUGAAAGAAGCAGAGACCGGGAAAGAAGGCGUUCGCGUGACCGGUCACCCCAGCGCAAACGUUCCCGAGAACGAUCGCCGCGUCGAGAGAGGGACAGGUCUCCACGAAGGCAGAGGCGAACCACUUCUCGCUACACUGUGCAAUUCUCUAAGUUUUCCUUGGAUUGUCUGUCUUGUGACAUGAUGGAGCUUCGCCGCCGAUACCAGAAUCUUUACAUCCCAAGCGACUUCUUUGAUACGCAGUUCACGUGGGUCGAUGCGUUUCUUCUGAACAGACCGUUUCAGCUUGGAAACCAAUGCAACUUCCACAUCAUGCACAAGGAGGUGGAGCCAAUGGAGAAACUCACUGCAGUGCUUGACCCACCAGAUGCGGACCAUACGUACAGCGCAAAGGUUAUGCUGCUGGCAAGUCCCGGUAUGGACGAACUCUUCCACAAAUCUUGUGCCCUUGCUGACGACUCGCAGGAGGUACGAGAGGGAUUCCAGCAUCCUGCAAGGCUGAUCAAGUUCUUGGUGGGUAUGAAGGGCAAAGAUGAAGCCAUGGCGAUUGGAGGACACUGGUCUCCCUCGCUGGACGGUCCGAACCCUGACACUGACCCUUCAGUCCUGAUUAGGACAGCUAUCCGUUGUUGUAAGGCCCUGACAAGCAUUGACUUGAGUGGUUGCACGCAGUGGUACCGUUUUGCAGAGAUCCGUUACCAUCGCCCCGAGGAGCACCACAAGGGGCGAACGGUUCCAGCCCAUGUGGAGGCCGUGGUUAUAUUUCUUCCGGAUGUUUGGCAUUGCCUUCCCACCCGCUCAGAGUGGGAAGCUCUCUCCCGUGGAUACAAGCAGCAGCUGGCUGAGAAGCUCCAGGCUGAACACAAGGAGGCUGAUGGAGAACAGGAGGAGGAAGAGAAGGAUGAUGGAGAGAGUAAAGAAAUCUCUACUCCCACACACUGGUCAAAACUUGACCCAAAGUCAAUGAAGGUCAAUGACCUGCGAAAAGAAUUGGAAAGUAGGAAUCAAAGCUCCAAGGGGUUGAAAUCCCAGCUCAUAGCUCGGCUAACGAAACAGCUCAAAACCGAGGCCGAGAGAGAAGAGCAGAAGGAGUCGGAGAAAUCGGAAAGGGAGGAUGAGGAGGAGGAAGAAAAAAGAUCUGAGGACGAUAAAGAGGUGGAGGACGAGAAGAAACGGCAAGAUGAAGCCGAGCGUCAGCGGCGGGAGAGACACUACGUACUCCCGGAUGAGUCUUCCAUUAUCGUUCAUCCCAACUGGACUGCCAAAGGCGGCAAGUUUGACUGCAGUGUCAUGUCUCUCAGUGUGCUUCUUGAUUAUCGACUGGAAGAUAACAAAGAACAUUCUUUUGAAGUCUCUCUGUUUGCUGAACUCUUCAAUGAAAUGCUGCAGAGAGACUUUGGGUAUCGCAUAUACAAGGCGCUCGUCGCUCUCCCGGCUGUGGACGACAAGAAGGAAAAAGAUAAGAAAGAGCGGAAAGAUGAUAAAAAAGACGGUGAGAAAAAAGAGAAAAAAGAAGAGAAGGAGGAGGAGAACAAUGAGCCAAAAAACAAAAGAAGAAAAUCCGGAGAUGAGAAGGAUAAGAAGGAAGAAAAAGAUGGAAAUAAGAAAGAAGAGAAGGGCAGAGAGGAGAAAGAUUUCAGGAAGAGGAAUGAUUCGAAGGAGGAUGAAGAAAUGGAAGAGGAUGCCAAUAUGGACGACUAUGAUCCUCUAUAUGCAGAAGACGCUGAGGAUUACGAUGAAGAUGAUAGGGAUGAUGAAGACCGAGAUCUAAAGGAUGACCGGCGAGAAGGAUCACAGAGAUCCAGAGAUACCACUUCCAAAGACAAGGAAAAGAAGCAGCUGUUCACGUUCAACAAGGACCUUCUUCUCGCCUUUGUUUACUUUGAUCAAAGUUACUGCGGUUACCUGCUGGAGAAGGAUCUGGAGGAAAUCGUCUAUACCCUUGGACUUCACCUUUCACGUGCGCAGGUUAAGAAGUUAAUCAAUAGAGUGAUUCUACGGGAGACUUGCUCCUACAGGAAGCUAACAGACGGCUCAAAUGAUGAAGUAAAGCCGCCAGUAACAGAGAACGAGGUGGAAUUGGAUAAUCUGCUGGGAAACAAACUGUUGUUGCCUCAUUCAAUAGUGAAGGCGGAAGCCAACGUGAAGUCUGAGAGCAACAAUCUGAUCGUGUAUAAUGGAACCAUGGUGGAUGUGGGUAACUUGCUGCAAAAAUUACAAAAAAGUGAAAAGGCUCGGGCGGAAAUGGAGCUGAAGGCGCAGACUCUGGAGAUCAAGAUUGAGGAAGGGAAAAAGCAUAUAUCUACUAUGGAAAAUGCAACCAAAACCAUGUCUACAGAAUUGAAAGAGAACAAGAAAUAUCUCGCCAGAGCUGAGGAAAAUAUGAAAGUGUUUGAGGAAGCAAAGCUGCGUUUUGAACAACAGCUGAUUAACACCAACAAGAAACUCACGUCAGUUAUGGAGGAAAUUCACAGUGUCCUUAAGAAGGGAGAAAAUUCCGAUGAAGACAAAAGUCAAAAGUCAAAAGAAAACGGAGCUCCUGCAUGAAGUGGUGGUGUGGGUCCCUGGGUAGUCGAACAUGUUGUUAUAAAAAUGAUUUUAUUAAGUUGCAGUUGGCUGAAGCGCUGCAUGUGUAAUGGAUUUUUUGUAGUUUCAGGGUGUGUUUGUAGAAAAAAAAAGAUGUACAAAGUUCUGAAUAACCGUGAUCUAUUAAAAACAAAACAAUCUUUGCAAAAGGUGGCGUUCCUAACUGCUUCAGAGAUUUGCUAGUUACUCAACUGAAGGUACCCUUGCAUUGCUCAGUGUUUUUAGAAGAACAUUAACUUUUUAUGUUAAUAAAGUACAAGAAACCAGA